AUGUCGCUCCUUCAUAACGAAGAUUUCGCCAUCUGGCAGCUCCGAACCUCGUACCUGUCCACAAUCAAAGACGGUAUCGGAGACCGUCUAAUCAGUGUCAACAAUUCCGUCCUCAACACGCCCGGUUUCCGCGCGGCGGGCUGGUCUUCCGCGAACCCCUACACCCAAACGGCCGCCGCCCAUAUCAAGCGGACGUAUUCCCCGCCGAUUCCUACGACCACUGCGGUUUCCGGAGACUAUUAUCGGUUUGGUGGGAAUAAAGAAUUGGCUGAUGGCGGGUUGGGAGAGGAAGGGGAGGAUGAGGAAGGGGGUAUGGUGACAGGCAAGAGCAGUGCGGAGGUGACUGGCCGGAGACAUCAUGGGCGACAUGGGAAGAAGCCUCGUCGGAGGGAGCGGCAGCAACAAGAUCAACGGAUCGCUGAGGAGGAUGAUAGCAGUGACUUGAGUGAUGAUAGUGAUGAUGAUGGGGAAAGCUCGAGAAGGACUAGCCAACCGAUUAGCUUUUCUAAAGUGCCGAUACGGACACGAGCCGGUUCCUCUCCGAUACGUUCGCACGAUCGAAAUGAGCGGCCGGAGCUCAUGGUCACUUCGCCCUCACAUCCGAAUGCCACCAGUCACUACCGCACAGGGUCUCUCGGGACAGCUGUUUCCGUGAAGAAUGAACGCCCGCGACGAGAUACGACUACGAGCAGCGACUUGUCGUCGGACAAUGAAAUGGAGUCUUCCGCACUGAAGGGACAGCAGAUUCGGUUCUCCUCGCGAAACAGGAUAAUUGAGCCGCCCGAGCAAGAACAUAGAAUGAGCAAUCGAGAUACCAUGACGGCUGAAGACUUGAAUGAGGAAGCUGAGAAUUCGGGCGCGGAAUCUGUUGGAUCCGGGCUUUCGUCCGAUUUCGAUGCGACAGCAGGUUCUGCUUCAUUGCUUGAAGAUGUCGAUAUCACCGGUAGUCUAGGCUCGUCAUCUCCGAUCGCAUUGAUGCAUAAGUUGCAAAAUACAUCGGGGUCCCAAACUGCGUCGCCCAGGAAGCCGAAGACACCAGCACCCGAGUUGCAGGAUCUCCCGCCGCCACGGCCCAUUAGCCAAGUGAAGCCUGUGAGCUUGCUCACACAGAAUCUCCUCGCUCGCAAGAGAGCACCGUCCAACCCUGUGGAGAUGUUCGCGACGCUCGCCGGCAAGGGUUUGACUGAUGCUCUGAAUAUCAAGAUCUACGUUCCUUUCGCUUCUGAUCCGGAUGAACCGCUUGACAUGCCGCUUGCUCGCGAAUCCAAGAUCUCCGAACAGCCGGCUCCGGUGAUUGUGGCAGAAGCUAUUGGGCUUGCUCUUUGGCAGUAUGGGAGCGAAGGGCGCCAGCCAGCCAUUGAACGCAGCAAGUUGUCCGUCAACCGCUGGACGCUACGGAUGGUCGAGGAUGGCGAAGUGGAAUAUGACUUCCCUCCGCUGGGUCGAAUGUCACCGAUUACAGACUUCACGUCAAACAACAACAAUCGGGCAGGUGGCGCGCGAGGGAGGUCGAGAGGCAAGCAGUACGACGAGUUUGCGCUCGUUGAGGCGUCUCAGACAGAUUUUGAGGAGAACGAGCGUCUGUAUCCCAAGUUCAGCCAAGUUAUGUCUGCUGAGGAGAGCAACGAGCCUGCUGCCGCACUUGCUGUGCCGCCAACUCAGCAACCUGCACAGUUCAAGGCACCGCCUGCUCGCUCCAACCCGAUCCUGGGUCAGCCAUUCUCGUCGGCUUUGAACGAUAGUACUCUAACCCCGGCGGACCGUCCAGCAGUACCGGUGUCGCAUGCCACGCCUCGCAUGGGAGUGGCUAAGACAAUAAAAGUGCGAUUCAUUAACUUGGAGGCCUCUACGCAUGUUAUGACUCUCAAUACAACGACGGAUAGCUACAUUGCAGAGCUUCUGGACUCCGUCUGCAAGCGAUGGGGUCUGGACAAGGGCAACUAUCUCCUAAAGGUGAUGGGGUCGAAUACGGUAGCACCACUCGACCGUACAGUUGAAGCGUUGGGCAAUAUUACAGAGCUGGAUCUGGUCCGGCGACGGUUCGGGGCCGGGCCGCUGACCUUGACGGGAUCGCCGCACAGCUCUUCGCCAAAUGCGCCGUUACUGAUUGACAAUGCCGGAAACCCGAAGAAGAGCAAGAAGGCCACUCAACGCAUGCUUCACCCGCUGACACAGAAACCGGAUCUUGUUGGUGGUUAUUACAGACGAUACCACGUGUUCCGAAAACAGUCCAUGUCAUUUACGGCCUCGAAUCACCGGACACUCACAUUUGACAACGACUACAUGCACAUCAUGCCGCCGGACACUGGCAAGACAGUGUCAGAUGCGAAGACACGAUCGAUCAGCUUCAACGACGUGGUCGGGUGUAAGGUGAGUCGGCGGCAUCCGAAGAGUUUCCGGGUGGUGGUGCUUCGGGGGAACGAUGCUACGGAACAGAAGCGGUAUGAUUUUGAGGCGAGGAAUGCGCUGGAGGCGGUUGAGAUUGUGGACGAGAUUAAGAAGAACAUGGCGCAUUAUCGGAUUUAG